AUGAACAGAAUAUCUCACAUAGUUCUUUGUGGACGCACUGGAGAUGGCAAGUCUUCUAUUGCUAACAUGUUGGUUCAAGGAGACAUUUAUCGAGACAGAGAAAACUUAUUCAACAUUGGUAAUGCUGCGAUAGGAGAAACUAGAGAACUUACUUAUGCACGCGAUGUAAGAUUCGGAGUAUUCGAUUUGGUAGGGUUAGGCGAAUUACCUUCUGGAGGUGUCCCACAUGAUGUAGCAUUUUGGACUGAUGAUGAGAAGAAUGUGGAUGAAACAAAGAGAAAUUUUGGAGAUUAUCCAGUUAUUUCAGUCGAUUUUCCCAGUAACAUUGAUGAAGAUUACGCUGAGAUUGAUCGAAAAAAAAGGGCAACCAAUUUGCAACAUUUACUAGCCAAAUUGUCAGAAUUAAAUUAUAGCGGUAAUAAUCCAGAGGUUCUCAGCUCAUCUCACGUGAUUGAGAAUAGCUUAUCAAAUAUCAUUAACGCCGUGCCAGUUGCCGGUUCAUUAUAUCAACUGACUGCUUCCGGUGUUUAUCUUAUGUCGGGAAAGCCAAAUGUUGCAAAAAAACGAUUUAUGAAUGGAGCCUUCGGGAUUUUUCUUGAUGUUGUCUCUUUUGGGGCGGGUAAGCCAAUUAUAAUUGUAGCAAGCAUAAGCCUGAGAGUUACUGGAGAUGUAUUAGUUGAAAAAUCUACAAAAACUUAA